AUGACAGUGAAUUUGAUGCUCAUACUGCUCAUGGAGAUGAUAGUGAAUCUGAUGCUCAUACUGCUUAUGGAGAUGAUACUCAUACUGCUCAUGGAGAUGAUCAUACUGCUCAUGUAGAGGAUAGUGUAUCUGAUUACUCAUGUCCUUUUAAUAUUAUUAUUGGUACAGAGAACCAGUAUUACAAUGUUACAAUUGUCAUUGACAAAGAUACUGAAGAGUCAGUGAUUAAAGAUGUACAGAGACUGUCAUCAGCUGUAUUACUCCACUAUGAUACAACAUUAAAUGUCAUUAGAGAUGAUGAUAGUAUUUGGGAAGAUAGUAAACAAAAACCAUUCACUGAUACUUAUGUGAGCCCUACUGUACAAGGUAAAGAUACCACACUAACAACUGAAGUACCAGGAGGAACAACAGAAAAGGAUGAGGAUCAAGUUAUGUUGCUACAGGAGAAAGUUGAAAGUAUUCAAAAGCAACUGGAGGAAGAAAAGGAACUUAUUGAAGGAGAGAAACAAUUUCCUGAACAAGUUAUAAAGGAAUAUGAAGAGAGAAUAGCAACACUCACUGAACAACAGGAGGAAGUUACUGGAGACUUGAAACAUAAGACAGAACAAUAUGAAGAAUUAAUAUCAGACAAUGAACUUACUCAUAAUCAACUGGAGGAACUACAGAAGAAACUAAAAGAAGAGAAAAUUGAAAAAGAGGAGCUACAAAUAAAGAUUGACGAUCUUCAACAAGAAUUAGAACAAGUAUCAGUUCAGAGUGAAUAUAUUAUCAGUCAAUCAGAAUUACAGAGUGAAAUACAAAAGAUUAAAAAUGAAAGUGAAACAUUUCAAAAACAAAGGAAAGCAUUGAUACUGGAGAAUGAAAGAUUAAUGUCAUUAAUUAAAGAUCAUAAUGUACCAGUAGAACAGAAGGAAGAGGCUGAGAUAUUACAAGAGACUGAGACUGUACAUACAUGUACUUAUAUCAGUAAAGUUAAAGCACAGUUCCCCGUGCUGUACGGGAAAUACAGCAUGAGAGGUGUGGUCGAGAAAGCCAUACAGCACAAGGCGAAGCCGAGUGCU